AUGACCGACCACGAGGUAGCGGCUGUCCCCCCCUCCUACGCGCCCAAUGAGGAAAUCGUCGUUUCCGACGACAAGACCGCCUUCGACGAUGUCAAGGACGUGAGCCCUACCCCCGAUGGCCAGGAGCCCAACGAGCAGGAGAAGGCUUCCCUCCGUCACAUCGCCGAGAACCUGCCUCUCUCUGCGUGGCUGGUCGCCAUUGUCGAGCUGUGCGAGCGUUUCACCUACUAUGGAAUGUCCGGUCUCUUCCAGAACUACGUCCAGCGUCCGCUCGACGGUAGCGAGGGUCGUGGUGCCCUCGGUAUGGCUCACCAGGGUGCUACCGGUUUGACCACUUUCUUUCAAUUCUGGUGCUACGUGACUCCCAUCAUCGGUGCCAUUGUCGCCGAUCAGUACCUCGGCAAGUACAAGACCAUCGUCUGGUUCUGCAUGAUUUAUCUCGUCGGUCUGCUCAUCCUGGUCUGCACCUCCAUCCCCACUGCUCUGGAGCACGGUGCCGGUCUGGGUGGUUUCAUUGUCGCUAUUCUGAUCAUCGGUCUUGGUACCGGUGGUAUCAAGUCCAACGUCGCCCCUCUGAUCGCUGACCAGUACAAGCGCAAGAAGAUGGCCAUGUCCACCACCAAGAAGGGCGAGCGCGUCAUCAUUGACCCCGCCCUGACCAUCCAACGCAUUUACAUGAUCUUCUACGGAUGUAUCAACGUUGGUUCGCUCUCCCUGUUGGCCACCCCCUACAUGGAGCUAUACAUUGGUUUCUGGUCCGGUUACCUUCUCUGCCUGUGCAUGUUCGCCGUGGGAACCAUCGUCCUUUGCCUCGGACGUAAGUACUACGUCCUGGCAACUCGAGCACAACGGUGCCUCGACCACCGUUCCUGGGACGACCACUUCAUCGACGAGCUGAAGCGUGCUCUCGUCGCCUGCCGUGUCUUCGCCUUUUACCCCAUCUACUGGGUCGUCUACGGCCAGUUCUCCAGCAACUUCGUCAGCCAAGCCGGUCAAAUGGCCGGACACGGCGUUCCCAACGACCUGAUGCAGAACUUCGAUCCCAUCUCCAUCAUCGUGUUCAUCCCUCUGCUGGAAACCUGCGUCUACCCCCUGAUGCGCCGUCUCCGGAUCCCCUUCCGCCCCAUCACCCGUAUCUCGCUCGGUUUCGUCGUCGCCUCCCUGGCCAUGAUGUACGCCGCCAUCGUGCAGCACCUGAUCUACAACGACACCACCAUUGUUGACGGCGUCGCCGGACAAUCCAACGUGCACAUCGCCAUCCAAACCCCCGCCUACGUCUUCAUCGGUGUGUCUGAGAUUUUCGCCUCGGUCUCCGGUCUCGAGUACGCCUACACCAAGGCCCCACCCAGCAUGAAGUCCUUCGUGCAGUCGAUGUACCUCCUUACCAACGCCUUCGGUUCCGCCCUCGCCGAGGCCCUGACCCCCGCCGCCUUCGACCCCGCUAUUCUGUGGAUGUUCGUCGGUCUGGCCUGCGCUUCCUUCGCGGCUGGUAUCAUCUUCUGGCUCGUCUUCCACCACCUGAAUGCUCAGGAAGAUGACAUGAACGCCCUCGAUGCGGAGGAUCCCAUGCCCGAGGCUCCCCGCGAGGAGGAGCGUCGCGCUUCGGCCAAAGAGUGA